UCAUUAGAAGGAUAACAGACGCAACGUAACUGAAUAUCAGAACAUUUAAAAAAUCAAUUAGGAAGAAACAAAAGAAACCCUGUGAUUCGAAAGAGGGUGGUCCGAAAGUUUAACAAGAGCGAACGCGAAACAAGUGCAAGGAUAUAUACAUACACAUAAAUACAUACAAUCGUCUUCCGAGGGUGUACCAUGCCAAAGGAGUACAGGAAUUAGGACGACAAAAGCAGCCAACGUCGACCUGGAACUGUCAUGGAACGACUUUCAAGAGUGGCAUGUUAUUUCCAAUGGAUGAGAAAUGCGACAUUUCGUGAUACGAGUGAGGUGACUACCGAGGACAAGCGUAAAACUAUCGAGGUUGAACAAUAUCGGAAUGUUGGAUGCAAUUUUGAGGCUUCGAGACGAUUCUGUGGUAUUUUGGAGAGUAUUCUUCUUUGGGAAAAUUCGGUAAACAGUAUCUCCGUCGUCAUCGUAUUCAACAUACUGUUUUGGGGUAUUAUUGUAUUAGAGGUACGUGGCUUUGCUGCAGCCAGCAGUGCUGCGCUGGUCAUUGUCCUUUGCUAUAGUACCUUAGAAGCUCAAGUUCAAAAAGAAAAUAAAGCAUUGGAUACAUCGACAUCCUAUGCAAAAGCAGAGCAAAUAGAAAAAAUAGGAAGAAGAGUAAAAUCAGUAAUUCAUAGUUUGAAACAGUUAAGAAAAGAUCAACCGGGAGUGUUUUGCAGUGCUAUAUGUUCUCUAUCUUUGGGCCUAUGGAUUAUUGGUCGUACUAUAAAUGGUGUACUUCUUGCAUAUACAAUUUGUAUGAGCAUUCUACUUGGACCUGCAUUGCUGUUAAAGCUCCCUAGCAGAAUAUCACACAAAGAAUGGGAUAGCGAAAUUGAAGAAUUUUUACCAGCGGUAACUGAGGAUAAUCUUCAAGUUCUUACAAGAGCAGGAGAAUCAGGGGAUCAAUCUCCAACACCAACCAGUGUGUUAUCUGAUGCUCAAAAUGAAUUUUUUAAUGACGAAGAACUUACUGGUUUAAAAAUGCCAUCGCACGAAGAUGGCAGUGCCGACGAUAUAGAAGUCUCGGAAUUAGAGCUUAGCGCCGAAGAAAAUGAUGUGGAUGGUAUUAAAUUUCAAAGUGCUCAUUUUGAAAAAGGAUCAUCUUCUGAAGAAGAAGCGGAGCUUGAACCUACAUCAAGAAAAUUAGUUAGUCAUAGUGAUGAGAGUGGUAGCGAAUUCGAAAUAAUUGACAGUCAAGAAGUUGAUAACAUAGAUCUUGCAUAAGAUUCACAGGUAUGUGAAACUGUGAAGUUAUUGUUAUGCAGAGUAGAAUUAAAAGUAAAACUGAUCGUUAAACGAUAAAAAAAAUUAAUGAUUAAAUAUAUGUUAACAAGGUAAUAAUUUAAGCAACUUAAAUUACUUGGUUUAGAUUUGAACUACCUGCUUCAGUUCAUGAAUAUUUGUGCAAUGCAACUAUUUUCUUUAAUAAAUUCGCGAAAAUCUUUUAUCACUAGACAAAACGAAGAUAAUUAUCUCGUGAAAUUUUUAAACUUUCUAAAAAAUACAACGGUGUACUUACAUACACUCGAAGUAAAUGCACGAAGUUGUACAUACUAUGUACAAUAAAGAAAAUCAUUUUGAUUUUUAUUUCUGAUAUAUAAACAAUUCUUAGUGUACAUAAAAGUUUGAAUUUAAAAAUACUUUUGAAGAAAAAAAAGAAAAAACGAAUAAAUAAAUUUUUGUUUAAAUAUUAUUUUGACCUUCAUGGUCAAAAAUAGUUUUGUAUAUACGUAUCAAGUACAGGAAAAUAUUUAGCUGUAAAUUAUAAUUAAGGAAUUAGAAAUUGUAAUGUUCAUUAUGCAGCAGGUAGCAGUUGGAUAAAUAUAAUAGUAUUUGCUCUGGUUUUGAUAUUGUAAAACAUGUUCAUACAGAGAACAAUUUAAUUUAUCAGAAACAAACCGUUAAUAUUUUGUAAAUAAUAUAGUUUGAUUUAGUCCAAUCCAGAUUAAAUAGUGAACAGAGCAUAAGUUGUGUACAUGAAUCAAUAGCCUGCUAAUAAUUAGAAAUAAUUUGUUCAUAAAAUGUGAGAAUUUCAAUCAUAAAAUAGUACAAUCUUAAAAUUUAUUUAAAUAAUCAUAUUUUGUUGUACGAUUACUACUAAAAAUGAUGUCACUUGUGUAAAUAGUUUUAUCGAUACUAUCUGUAUAGAGUCGUCCAUGAAUCAUUUGUGACGAUUUUUUAGCUGCUUCUGAUGGUUUGGCGAAAAUGUUUUAAAUAAAAAUUUUAUGGUUUAUAACAAAGAA